GGUAUCUAAGUGGGUAUAUAUAUAUAUAUAUAGAUAUAUAGAUAUAGAAUAUAUGGAUGUGUAGAAAAAGCGUACGAAACCUAUGAGAUACCUAAGAUUUCCGUCUCUUGUACCUUUUUUGUCUUCCUCCUUCGCUAGGCAAUUCCGGGUAUCAGAACGGGGUGGAAGGGGGGGGGGGGGGCAACGAUAUAUCCGACGAACAGCGACGACGACGACGAUUAAGGGCAGCAGGGAUGAUAGGAAAAUGUGUGUGAGAGAGAGGGGGGGAGAGAAAUAACAACCCAGCCAGAGAGAAACAGUAAAGAGGAAACGAUCGACUUCAUCAUACGUGACAUCUAGGAAAGUCCGAGUCCCUCUCUCGCUCCGCCCCUUCUUCUUCCGUGUCCGUGUCCGUGUCCCUAAACAAAACAGCGACGAAGAGAUGCGUGUCUGUUCCUCACAAAUCAUGUGUCGAGCGGCGAGCAGCUACCUGGCGUACCCAGCGCGCGUCCCCUCCGCCGAAAUGAUCGAUCAUACAGGUCCCCCCGUAGACAUGUUCUCCUCCGUCUCUCCCCUACUGCUCCUCCUACUCUUAUCCCUGCUCCCGUCCCCUCCAACCCCAUUUUCUAUCGUAUAUCAUUCCAUCCCUCUCCUCCACGAACGACGACGACGCCUUGGUAUCUCGGGGUGUCUACAGGGUAGAUAUGUACGUAGAUAUAUACACGGCACGCCUCUCUCCCCACCUCCUCUCUCUCUCUCUUUCCCUCUCCAUACAUUCUCUCUUGUAUUUUCUCCCGCGUCUCUCCUCUCUGUCUCUCUCUCUCUCUCUCUCUCUCUCUCUCUCUCUCUCUCUCUCUCUCUGCCUCCCCCCCCCUCCCCUCCGUCUCACGCGCGAGCGCUCCCAUUUCAUUUGGUCGUGAGCGGCGGGGAUGUUAUCCCCAACCGGCAAAAGAAGGAAACGAACACAUUUCAGACAUCCUCGCCGAUGGCAACGAAGAGCAGGUGGGAGAAAAGAAAAAGACCUAGGAAACGCCGGGAGUGAAGGCCAAAGAAACGCCGUAGACCUGUAAAGAAUUAUAUAAAAAA